CAUCCACUUGGAGCUCAGUUCGCAGCUCAUUCCAUUCAGUUCGGGUUAUAGCUUCAAUAAACAAGUCAAUCGAAACGACCUAACAUAAUGCCUAAAUUUCCGACUAAGCGUUUUAACAACGAAGCUGCUCGCAACAGCAAGACACCAAAUAUCGCGAGGUAUACCAACUCACGCGCUCUGCGCUCCGUCUACAGCCAGUUGCCUGGUGCGGUGGGCGGUCAGAGAGCAGGAGGAGGAGCAAGUGAAGCUGGAGCUAGCACUGCGCCGGCUACAACGGCGCCGAAAUCGCCCCCACCACGCGUGUGGAACUGCAACAAGCCCAAGGUGGCGAAGCCAGCGAAUAGGACCUACAACGUUUAUGCCAAACGGCAGACCAAUUUCAUGGGCAAAGAGGGAUCCAAGAUGAGCAUCAGGCAGUGGGCACAUCCCCCGUAUCCCGUGCACCGUUCCAAGGAGCAGAGGAACAGACAGAAAGAAAGACCACGCAAUUUCGAGGCGUUCUAUGUGCCCUUUGAGCCACUGGAGUCCUUGAACCAGUCUUUCUUUGUGCCGCUAGACGACAACCGAGAAAUGCCCCAACCCAGGCGUCAGAGAACCAAAGCAGAGAUCCUCCCAGCAGAGGCGAAAGCCAAGGAGCAGCCGCGUAAUAACUCCUUCCAGCGGCUGCUCCCAGCAGGAGAGCGUUAUGCGCUGAAGACCGCCGAGAUGGCCAGCCUGAUAGCGAAGGCCAAGUCACGCCAGCGGAUGCUGAAGGCCAGCGAGGAGAUGAAAGUGGAUGAUGGGCCCUUGCUGCCACCUCCGCCGCAGUUCGCCGAAGAUUCCAGUGAGUCCAGCAAGCGACUGAUGCUCCAACGCUCCCGCACGGAGACGCUCUUCUCGACCUUCGACUGCGACGAGAUGCUGUACAAGUACGCCUGUCGUCUGCCCUAUAUCCGGGAUCCGGCCAAUCCCAAUGGCACACGACCGAGGAUGCCACGAUAUCCGUCCAAGUUGACGAUCUAAAUUGAAAGGCAGUCAUCCACUUGGCUGCAUUUCCACUUCCUUAUAUUUUGUUAUUUCCCGAGUUGGCGCCCAAAAAUCUUUAAUUUGUUUUGGAUUUUCACUGAAACCCGAGGUCCUUUCGGGUCAUGCAGGAUUGGUUCCGCCUUUGCAUUUAAAAGACUAUCCUGUAGACAGUGAAUUAAAGUAAAUAGUAUUCCAUUCAAUCGUCUUUCAUCGAAAGGAAAACUAAUAUAUUUAUUUUAAGGGUUGGAAAGGGUUUUCAUCUAUUGGAUACAUAUAUAGAUUAAGUUAGUAUUUGUAAAUGUUCAUUAAAUUUGUAAAUUGAAUGUGAAUAAGCAAUACAUUCUUAUGUACUCAUUUAACUUGUUACAUCCU